AUGGCACUGCCUUCAUUUCAUCUAUGGCUGGCAUUGCUACUGCUUGCAACAGUUUGUGCAUCUGCAGUGCAUCCUAGGAAAUUAUCUAGAUUAGGUGGCUUGAAAAGAUUCCCUACCAGAGAGCCCUCUAUUGAUCUUGCACCAGAAUAUGAAAUACAUUACUACACACAGACACUAGAUCAUUUCAACUAUAAACCAGGGAGUUAUGCUACAUUUCAACAGAGAUAUAUAUUGAAUUACAAAUACUGGGGUGGUGCAAAUACUAGCUCACCCAUCAUUGUUUAUACUGGUGAAGAGGACGAUGUAACAUAUGAUGUUGAUGGUUUCAUUCUUGAACUUGCAGCUUGUUUUAAGGCUUUGCUAUUAUAUAUAGAGCAUCGCUACUAUGGAGAAUCAAUGCCUUUUGGAUCUGAAAAUCAGGCAUUUCAAAAUGCCAAUACCUUUGGCUACCUAAGCUCAGAACAAGCCUUAGCAGAUUAUGCACAGGUAAUAACAAAUGUUAAGAAGAACCUGUCAGCAGAAAGUUGUCCAGCUAUUGCAGUUGGAGGAUCUUAUGGUGGAAUGCUCGCAUCCUGGUUUCGUCUAAAAUAUCCUCACAUUGCCAUUGGUGCUCUGGCAUCAUCAUCCCCUAUACUCUACUUCGAUGAUAUCACACCACAAAAUGGAUACCAUGUUAUUGUCACCAAGGAUUUUAGAGAUACCAGUGAGAGUUGUUACAACACAAUAAAACAAUCUUGGUCUGAGAUUGAUAGAAUAGCAGCUGAACCAAACGGGUUAAUGACACUUAGCAAUAAGUUCAAUGUUUGCAGCCCUCUGAACACGUCUCAAGAGCUCAAGGACUACUUAGGACUCGUGUAUGUUGUUGCAGCUCAGUACGACAAUCCUCCUUAUUAUCCACUAGAGAAUAUGUGCCGCGGCAUUGAUGGAGCUCCAGAAGGAACUGAUAUUCUUGACAGAAUCAUUGCAGGUCUUAAAAGUAGAUAUCCUGGAAGGGUUUCAUGCCAUGAAAUAUCUCCAUAUGAACUAAGCAACAAGAGUGCAUGGGAUUGGCAGACAUGUACUCAGCUUGUAUUGCCAAUCGGAUAUGGUAAUGAGACUAUGUUCGAACCACCAGAACCUUUUGAUAUAAAGAGCUACAUCAAAGACUGUCUAGAUGUUUUUGGUAUUGUGCCUAGGCCUCAUUGGAUGACAACAGAAUUCGGUGGCCAUGACGUAAAAACUGUACUUGGAAAUUUUGCAAGCAACAUCAUUUUCGCCAAUGGACUCCGAGACCCUUAUAGCAUUGGAGGAGUUUUAGAAGACAUAUCAGACAGUGUUGUUGCAGUGCAUACAGAACAUGGAGCACAUUGCUUGGACUUGUAUUCCCCAACUCCAGAUGACCCUGACUGGUUGGUUGCACAGAGAGACAAAGAAAUCAAAAUCAUUUCAGCUUGGAUUGCUGAGUACUAUGCCAAGCUUUCCACCAAGUAG